UCCUCCUCCUCCUCCUUCUCCUCGGAAACGGGAUGUGAUGUAAAUACACAGCAACUUUUUUUUGUGUGUUCCCGUCUCUUUGGAGUGUGCAGCUCUUUUUUUCUUCUCCUUCCAGCACUUUGUUGAAGCAAAACAAGAAGAAGAAGAGAUAAAAGAAAGAGAAACAAGUCGGACAGUGAACCACCAGAGAGAUUAAAAAGUCGCCGUUAGUUUCCUCCACCAUGAUCCUGUGAGCUCCUCCGUCCGUCUGCGAUAACUGAACUCACCGAGCCGCCGGACUGGACCCGAGAAAAACGGAUCAAACCGGAGAGCAGCUCGCUGCUGUUGUGGAUCCGGAGGGAAACCGCGGACAGAGAUGUAGCGUGUGUGUUGGUGUGAUCGGCGGACCAUCAUGCACCUCUUCUUGCUGCUGAUCCUUCAAGCCACAGCAGCCUACGGACAGAUCGACCCUGCACACUGUCGCUAUGCCUUGGGCAUGGAGGAUGGACGGAUCAAAGACGAUGACAUCACAGCAUCCAGCCAAUGGUACGAGACCACGGGACCUCAGUACGCCAGGUUGAAUCGUGAGGAGGGAGACGGCGCCUGGUGUCCUGAGGGACAGCUGGAGCCUUCAGACAGUCAGUACCUGCAGGUGGACCUGGGCAGGCUGAUUUUCCUGACGGUGGUCGGGACUCAGGGACGAUACGCCAGGUACUCCGGCAACGAGUUCGCCCGAGCUUACCGCCUCAACUACAGCCGGGACGGCCUGCUGUGGAAGUCCUGGAGGAACCGGCUGGGGAACACGGUGAUGGAGGGCAACAAAAACGCCUACACCUCUGUCAUCAACGACCUGCACCCUCCGAUCAUCACCCGCUACGUCCGGCUGAUCCCAGUCACCAGAGUGUCCACCACCGUCUGCAUGAGAGUGGAGCUGUACGGCUGUCCGUGGGAGGAUGGUCUGAUCUCCUACAGUGCUCCAGAGGGUCAGCUCAUGAUGCCCCCUGGUUAUCCCAUCGCCAGCCUCAACGACUCCACCUAUGAUGGAGUACAUGAGAGGAGGAGGCUGUUUGGCGGGCUGGGCCAGCUGACGGACGGUGUGAUCGGCAUGGAUGACUUCCUUGUGACGCGUCAGAACCACGUGUGGCCGGGCUACAACUACCUGGGCUGGAGGAACGACUCGCUGGGAAGUCAGGGAUACGUGGAGAUGGAGUUUGUCUUCGACCGGCAGAGGAACUUCACCUCCAUGAAGGUUCACAGUAACAACAUGUUCCACCGCGGUGUGAAGAUCUUCUCCUCCGUUUCCUGUUGGUUCAAGCCCCGCCUCAUAGCCGGCUGGGAGUUGGAGCCUGUGGUGUUCAAGACGGUGCUUGACGACAGGAACCCGAGCGCCCGCUACGUCACCGUGCCGCUUAACCGCCGCGCCGGCAAAUCCCUCCGCUGCCGCUUCUACUUCGCCGACGUCUGGAUGAUGUUCAGCGAGAUCUCCUUUCAGUCAGAAGAUACCGUACUCCCGACCCUGAUGACCCUGGGGUCGACCUCCCCUCCAGUCAAGAAGGAGAGCACCAUGCCAACCACACUUAUGACAGCAGCCAGUCCAUCAGCCACCAACCCGCCAGAUGAUGGGAACACGCCCAUUCUGAUUGGCUGCCUGGUGACCAUCAUCCUGCUGUUGGUCAUCAUCAUCUUCCUCAUCCUUUGGUGCCAGUACGUCUGCAAGGUGCUGGAGAAGGCUCCACGUCGGAUCCUUGACGAGGAGGUAACCGUUCGGCUGUCGUCCUGCAGUGACACCAUCAUCCUCCAGACCCCCCCUGUGCCCCCCCGCUCUGGCCACCCCCCUUCAGGCCCUGCUAACACUGACCCUCACUAUGAGAGAGUUUUUCUGUUGGACCCACAGUACCAGAACCCGGCAGUGCUGAGAAACAAACUGCCGGAGCUGUCCCAGAGUGCAGAGGCCUCAGCGUGUGGCGGAGGCUACGCCGAGCCCGACGUCACCCAGUGCACGCCGCACCAGUGUUUCCAUAGCAGCGCGCCGCACUACGCCGAGACGGACAUCAUGCGGCUGCAGGGCGUCACCGGCAGCAACAUGUACGCCGUCCCCGCCCUCACCGUGGACUCGCUCACCAGGAAGGACAUCUCGGCCGCUGAGUUCCCACGGCAACAUCUGAUCUUCAGGGAAAAGCUGGGGGAGGGGCAGUUUGGAGAGGUCCACCUGUGUGAGGCAGAGGGACUCCCAGAAUUCCUUGGGGAGGGGUCUCCUCUCCCUGACAGAGAUGGUCGUUCAGUGCUGGUGGCUGUUAAACAGCUGAGAGCCGACGCCACCAGCCAAGCCAGAAAUGACUUCCUGAAGGAAAUAAAGAUCAUGUCUCGUCUCAACGACCCCAACAUCAUCCGGCUGCUGUGCGUGUGCGUGUCGUCCGACCCGCUGUGCAUGGUGACCGAGUACAUGGAGAACGGAGACCUCAACAUGUUCCUGUCCCAGCGGGAGAUCGAGAGCACGCUGACACACGCCAACAACAUCCCUUCAGUCAGUCUGUCCGACCUUCUCCACAUGUCGGUUCAGAUCUCGUCGGGGAUGAGGUAUCUUGCGUCUCUGAACUUUGUGCACCGCGAUCUGGCCACCAGGAACUGCCUCCUGGACCGCCGCCUCACCAUCAAGAUUGCCGACUUCGGUAUGAGCCGGAACCUGUACAGCAGCGACUACUACCGCAUCCAGGGCCGGGCGGUGCUGCCCAUUCGAUGGAUGGCUUGGGAGAGCAUCCUGCUGGGUAAGUUCACCACAGCCAGUGACGUGUGGGCGUUUGGCGUCACCCUUUGGGAGAUCUUCACUCUGUGUAAGGAGCAACCGUACAGCCUGCUGUCUGACGAACAGGUCAUAGAGAACACUGGCGAGUUCUUCAGGAACCAGGGCAGACAGAUCUUCCUCUACGGCCCUCCCCUAUGUCCACCUUCGCUCUUCGAGCUGAUGAUGCGUUGUUGGAGUCGCGACAUACCUGACCGACCCACCUUCGAGGGACUUUACCAAGCCCUGAGGCCCCACGUCAACCAGUGAGCCAAGGCCGCUGGCAUGUCCCACUCAGCGGGUUUGUUCAUCUCUGGACUCCUGUAAGAUGACAGAAUGACAUGAAAAAAACAGAGGACUGGAAUUGCGUUACAAGAGUUAAUCGCUGUCAGAGGGAAUGAAGAAACUGGCAGAACUGUGGUCAGAAGGUGGGUUUGCUUUGUAGUAAAAGCAGCACUCUGUUCUGAGAGACAAGAUGGAGGUAGAAGGAGAAAAGGCUGGUCAAUCAGAGAUUUAGUUCAUUAGUGAACAAAGAUUUCUUAGCUUGUUUUUUAAAGAUUUAAAUCAUUUCUGAUUUCACCGUUUCAUCCAUCUCUUUAAAGCCCCUUUGACCAAAACGUCUUGUCGGACCUUUUGACAUAUCUUUUUUCAUGUUGUUAUGGUGCCAAAGGUAUCAUAAACUUUAUUUUUCUUCUACUUUUUGGCUUUUAAAGAUGCCAAAAUCUGGACAGACUUUUCAGUCUUGGUAGUUUCUCCUGCCCCUGUGGUUUUUAUUAUUAUUGUAAAGCACUGUCUGUGUCUCUCAGUUAUUCAUGUUCAUAUAUUAACCCACACUGGAGCUAGGGUUAGGGUCAAAUUGUAGUGUAGAUUUAUUUUUAGAUUUUUGUUCUAUUUUUUUUUUUUCUUCUUGUUUUUAAUUUUGUUGGUCGUUUUUGUGGAUAUGAAUGUUGUUCGGCUGAGGUUCACAUCAUGGUGCCGGGAGGCUGCGUUGAAACCUGUGCAGUUCACAGACUGAAAAUUUGUUAGUGGGUGAUUAAGUAGAGAAAGGAGGCACAUGAAACCAAAUCAUAAAAUGUGUUGAGCCUUUUUCUUGCCAAAGAGAAAUAAAGAGUGUAAGUGAUAAAAAAAAUUAAAUGAGUAUAUUACAUUUGUAAAACAUAUGGAUGCUUUUAUUCAAAGUGCCUUAUAUUUGUAGCUUGAGUGGGGAAAUUUUACGCCAACAUUAACAACACGGGUAGUGCUAGUGGUUAGAGUAUCUAAUGCAAAGAUCUAAUGUCAAGGUAUCUUCUUACCUGUGUCGGUGUUUGUGCUGGGGCCUAUAAAUGUAUGUUGAAUGUGUCCUUGGAGCCUAUAGAUCUGUAGGUGUUUCUCCAUUUGCCCUGUUCUGCUUGAUGGAGCUAGUUGUGGUUUGGUUUGUACAAAGCUAGGCAUACUGUAGAGCCUUAUGAUUUUAAAUUUUGAAGUCAGUAGUUUCAUCACUCGAAUGAGACAACAGUGGAACAAAUGCCAAAUUGUUCAAUUACGAGUUAAAAAUGUUAACCCAACCGAAACAGGGCCUUUGCAGCAGCAACUAGGAUAGAGAGUUUGGCGAAUGACCAACGUUGCUAUUAGCUGACUAAAAAGCUAGCAAGUUGUCAUGGUGUUUUUAUAUGCGGGUUUGGUUUAGUACUAAAGACAGGGAAGACACUAAGCACUGUUGGAAGAGUAGCAAGAUCUCUGUUGAUGCUAAUUGCUUGCUUCUUCUCUGGGGUUUUAGCAGACAGCGUUCACUGCAGUUUAAGAAUAUAUGCAAGCUAACUACCUUCUUAGCUCACUGUCAAACUAACUAGCAAAGUACUUAGCAAGUAAGCUAGGUUAUGUUUAAACCAGAUCUGGCUUUAUUCUAAAAACUUUGGAGAUGUUAGCUAACGUUCACCUAAUUUGGCUUGUCUUGUCUUUGCCUAGUUUGACAGUGUGAUGGUUACUAGGACUGUAUUUGAAACUGCCUACUAUACAAAUGAUUUGGACAAAAUGUAGCAUGCAGCAUGCAAACAAAAGCAUAUCUGCAGUAUGCCAAAAAAACCCGGAUGUUGUACUGAUUUGCAUCGGACCAGUCCACCUCGCCAACUGUCUCACACAAUGCAAAGUGCAGGAAUGGUCCCAACAGUGUAUUUAGCUGAAAACGGCUAAGUCUGGCCUGAAUUGGUCUAACAGUUUCACACUGUUCAGUAGCCUAGUAUGUAGUAGGCAGUUUAAUUACAGUAUGAUCUACAGCAGCCAAUCGGACCACAUCAAAGUAAAAUUUUGGUGAGUGGAAUAAAGACACAACAUGUACAUUUUGGGCCGAACGUAGCAGAACUACUGUGUUAAAGGGGGACCCUCUGAGCUGAGGGCCAAUGAGCCACUAGAGACUGAUGGGGAUAAACACAAACACCUUGGACAGAUUGAGUCAUCAGACAAGUCCCACCUUUCACUGCAUUAAGCAGCCAAUCGUUGCAGCCAAUCUUAAUGCCCUCAAGAAGAUUAAUUUAAGGAAAUAAAUAUUCCUUUUUCUGGCAUUAGAGGGUGCAAGUAAUGGCCUUUGUUUUGAAUCCAUACAGAUUUUUACCACAUAGCAUUAAAAAGAGUUUUGUUUACAGAACUAAUGAUGAUGAGUUUUCCAUACAUAUACUGCAGCAUUUCUCGCCAUAAUGUCAUGAUGAUUGGGAGAUCGAGCUUCAACCAAGUAAAAGUAAAGUUUAUUGAUCAACAUUGCAACUGAAUUGUGCCAAAGUGGUAAAGCACAUUUUAAAAUGUCAUAAUUUUAUGCCCCAGUCUUUUUAUGUUUUAGUAGUGUGUGUGUGUGUAUUAUGUGCAUUACAUGUAUGCAGUAUUUUAAAUCCUCCCUUAGAGCAAAUUGUUCAAAAUGUAAGAUGGCGCAAAUCAACAUCAGCUUCACAUGAAAGGAGGAGGAAGACCAAAUAGGUUAAGUUUGAAUGCAUCUUUCAGUGUUUUUGUUGUUACAGUAGUUUUUUGUAUCUGUACUGUAUCUUAACACUUUUAUAAGUGUAUGGAUGUGUGUCUAAGAGAAAAUGAGUUUGUGAUUUAGUGUUUUUGACAUUCCUUUGAGCACUGGGAGCUAGUUGGGAUUAAAGUGGUUAACCGGAGUUGCUCUGUUGUGCCAAAAGAUGUGAUUAAAUGAGGGCGACAGGAUUUUUUUAAAGCAAGAAGACCGAAAGUAAGGAAACCACUAAACUCAAUCUCCCAGAGUCCUUCGCUACAGUGAGCCUGUGUAUUUUGUUCUGGUUCCAUGAGAGAGAUAGAAGAGUCUUUUAGUUUGAUAGUGUACAGUAAAGUGAUCUAUAAUAUCUAAGUGUGCGAAUGCAGAUUAGAUGUGAUUAUUGUCAGAAUUUAUAGUAGCUGUUUCUCUGAUUAUUUCUAUCCUGGGAAGGUGUUGGGUUAUGUCUUUUUUUUUCUUCAACAGGAAUUUGAACAUUGAACAUCUAACAGAUGUCCUGCUUCAGACAUGUAUUGUACAUAGGCUAGUAGCUGUGUAUAUUAAUAUAUUGGGAGUUGGGAACUUGUGUUCUGUCAUCCCAAGUCAUUUUCACUCUGUACCCUCUCGUGUCUCCGUUUUUUUUUUUUCUUAUAAUAAACAGUCAAAUGUGUCAUACAGGA